AUGAAGGAAAAGUACGAUAUAACGUCCGACAAUGUUCGAUCCAGAGCGAAGCACCGAAUAACCUCGUUUCAAAGAAAAUACUGUCGUUUCUAUUUCCUUCUGCGGGCGAUCUAUGUUUUGUUUACACCUUCCUCCUCCAACUCUAUCAUAUUCGAUCAUCUACAAGAUUUAUUAUUUGUUUUCUUUUUUUUCAGUUCACCUCUUUUCUUUUUCUGUUUUUUUUGUUUGCUUCUUUCUAUAUUUUUCUUUCAUGUUUGUUUCUUUGUUUGUUUCUUUGUUUCUUACAUAAUACAAUAUAUUCUUUUCUUUUUUUUUUCAUUUCUUUUUCAUUUAGCUCAUCAUCCUUUCUCCCAAUUUUAUCUUAAUUUCAACUUACUCUUCCCUAUUUUCAUAAACAACUUUGUUUCUGUUUUCAUCUUUCCAUGUAUUUUUUUAAUAUCUCCUUUUACUUUCUCUUCAAUUCCUCGUUUUCCCUUUUGUUUGGUUCUUUCUUUCCGUCCUCUCCAUUUGUUCCUUUCAUUUUACUUUCUUCCUUCUUUUCUAUCUUCGCUAAUUAAAUUAUUAUUUUAUAGUUUGAUCUACCUAUCUUCUUUCUUUCUUUCGUUCUUUUUUUCAGGGUAUACCUAUCUUCUUUCUCUGUUUCUUUGUUUGAUUGUUUCUUUAUUUUUAAAGAUAUACCUAUCUUCUUUCUUUGCUUCUUUCUUUUUUUCUUUCUUCUUCCGUUCAGGAUGUACCUAUUUUCUUUCUUUGCUUCUAUUUUUCUUUCUUUCUUAUUUUCUUUCUUAUUUUCUUUCUUUCUUUCUUUCUUUCUUUCUUUCUUUCUUUCUUUCUUUCUUUCUUUCUUUUAGAAUAUACCUAUCUUCUUUCUUUGCUUUUUUCUUGUGUAAGUGUAUCUAUCUAUCUAUCUAUCUAUCUAUCUAUCUAUCUAUCUAUCUAUCUAUCUAUCUAUCUAUAUAA